AUGACCAGCAAUGGUGUAGAAAACAACUCCGUGUGGAGUUGGGAAAAGAACAAGGCAUUUGAGAUUGCAUUGGUGAUAUAUCUUGAUGGCACAGUAGACCGGUGGGAAAAAAUUGCAGUCACUGUCCCAGGGAAAGUUGUGGCAAAAGUUAAAAUUCACUAUGCACUUUUAGUGAAAGAUGUAAACGGCAUUGAAGCUAGUCUUGUUGAAGUGGCAUCGUCGGUUCUUACCUCAAGAGCAUAUUUAGCGUCGAAUCUUGUUGAAGUGCCUUCUGGUAGUUCUUCUACAUAUACUAUGAAACAUGGUUGUAACGCAAAAGAGAUAGCCAUGUGCGCCUGUCAUCUGACAGAAGCACAUGGGGUAGGGUUAGGAGUUUGGAGUUAG